UUUUUUUUUUUUUGGGACUUGUAUAAAAAGGAGGUUCUAUAGAAUUAUAUAUGAAUCACACAAUUCAUAAAAGGAAAACCCUAAAUUCGUUUUCUCUCUUAAGUUUUGUUACGAGUUCAUAUGUUUUAUUCAUUUGCGAACUCAAUGUCUAAGUCGACGUCACUGUCUACCAUACUGUAUCUGAGGCAGAGGUUGCACGGGCUGAAGAUAUAUGAAACUUCAGAUCUAAUGCAGCACAUCAACACGUUCGAUGCAUUAGUCGGUGAACAAGUGUCCGUGGAUGUGAAAAUUGAGGAAAAAACUAAGGACAUGAUCUUGUUGUGUUCUUUGUCCCCCUUGUUAACAACACUUGACAUGAAGGUUGCUGCAUCGUUGCGCUUUCCAAGUGAGCGUUGGCUCGAAGUCAUAGCGAAGGAGCCUAGAGCUUUCGUUUACCAUAAUUUCUUGGCUCUCUUCUUUAAAUUUUGUAAGACAAACGAAGAAUGUGAACACUUGAUUAGCCUCGCGAAACCUAGUAUGGCGAGGUCCAAGGUGCGCAAUGCGAUAACCGGACUGGGUGAAGAAAGCAGGUUAUAUAUGUACUCUGUUUUCAUUUUGAUUUUUCCCUCUUCAGGUUUAGUUUGGAAAGAUUUGAGAUUUGGAAUUCUGUUAAUGUGGUGCAGCUCACGGACGAGUUCAGGAACUUUUCUUAGAAAAGGACAUGACAAAAUCGUGAAAGAGAUUGAGAAAAGGAUUUCAGAAUUCACCUUCAUUCCUGAAGAAAACGGAGAAGCGCUUCAAGUGAUCCAUUAUGAAGUUGGGCAGAAAUUUGAGCCUCACUUUGACGGAUUUCAAAGAAUUGCUACUGUUCUUAUGUAUCUCUCGGACGUUGAUAAAGGCGGCGAAACAGUGUUCCCUGAAGCCAAAGGAAUUAAAAGUAAAAAAGGAGUCUCUGUUAGACCGAAGAAGGGAGACGCUUUACUCUUUUGGAGCAUGAGACCUGACGGGUCUCAAGACCCGUCGAGUAAGCAUGGUAAGAGAGAGAGAGAUAUAGAGAUACGUUGCCUUUCUCUAAACUUGUUUUAAAUCGUAAUAAACCCUUAAUUAAUUACUUGUUGAGAUCAUUAGAUGUAAAACAAAUCUCUCAAAAAUUUGUUUGUUUGAUUUAGGUGGGAGUCCAGUAAUCAAAGGAAAUAAGUGGGCAUCAACCAAAUGGUUCCGCUUUCAUAAGUUCAACACUUAAUAACUUUCCAAGAGGUAAGCUCUUACCCUCACUUCGAGAGAUGAUGAAUUGAAUCCUUUGGAUUGUCUGAUAAUUUCAUUCUUUAGGUUACUU